AACAGAUGUCACUUGUGUUUACUGAAAUCAACACGGGCGUUACUUUGCUUUACACGUGUCAUUUCGAUGUAUGACGUGGUCUGUUCCGACUUGCUAGACGUUACCGUUUGAUCGUAGACACAACGAAACUUCCCUAUUUAGUGUUUGCAUUUAGUAUUCAAGCACCCAGAUACACCGGCUAUUAUGCCACCGAAGGUAGCAGCUAAACAGCCAACUGUCUCUGGCCUUCCGAAAGCCAGUGUUCCGAAAGAGAAGCGCCGCCGGAAGAGGAGGGAGAGCUAUGCGAUCUACAUCUACAAGGUGCUGAAGCAGGUGCACCCGGACACGGGCAUAUCGAGCAAGGCGAUGAGCAUAAUGAACAGCUUCGUGAACGACGUGUUCGAGCGCAUCGCGGACGAGGCGUCGCGGCUGGCGCUGAGCAACCGCAAGUCGACGGUGACGAGCCGAGAGAUCCAGACGGCGGCGCGCCUGCUGCUGCCGGGCGAGCUGGCCAAGCACGCCGUCAGCGAGGGCACCAAGGCCGUCACCAAGUACACCAGCACCAAGUAGCCCCAGCCGCGCCGCCUUCAAAGGUUCCACGCCAACACUGUCCAGCGAGUCCCUCCCUAAAUUUAAAUUUCACUCUAUUUCCAAAACAAAUAUUAAGAUAGUGAGGUUCAGAUGCGUAGGUUUAGUUUACGAGCUAAUUUAGUUGUUGCACAUUAUCUCAGUACUUCAGUGGAUCUCAUUUAGCAACUGUUUUAGUUCUGCAAUACUUCCCAAUAGUGUGAAAGUGCCAAACGUAUAUUAGCCAUGAUAAGAGUCUCGUGUGAUGUUUAAGUGGAAGUUUGUCUGUCAGAUAAGUUAAGACAAGGUUUCACAUACAUUACCUCAAAGUAGGUGUAAAAAAAUAGUGCUUUUAAUUUGUCCAAUGGAAGAACGAAAUACUGUAAAAACAGCUAGUUGUGAUUAUAAAUACUAGCUGAAAACUUAAUGCCGUUUACUGUAAAAUUAAAUUAUUCUCCUGUAUGUUAGAUGUCUGAGUUGCUACCAUUUAAAUUUACAAUAUAUUCAGUGGGGUGUACGUAUCACCGACCGACCAUAGUAA